AUGAAGACGACGUUUCCGAACCCAGAUGACAUCCUCAAUUUCACUCUCACAAUCGAACCGGACGAGGGAAUGUACAAAGGGGGAAGUUUUGUGUUCAAUUUCUCUAUCAACCAGAACUUCCCGCACGAUCCGCCCAAGGUCAAGUGCACGCAGAAGAUAUACCACCCCAACAUCGACCUGGAAGGAAAUGUUUGCUUGAACAUCCUGAGAGAAGAUUGGAAACCAGUAUUGAAUCUGAAUGCGGUGAUCGUAGGCAUGCAGUUCCUCUUCCUCGAACCUAAUGCAUCCGAUCCGCUCAACAAGGAGGCCGCGGAAGACCUUAGAAAUAACAGAGAGGGUUUCAGAAGGAAUGCGAGAACAGCCAUGAGCGGUGGAACGGUUAGAGGCGUAAGCUAUGACCGAGUCUUGCGAUGA